AUGGCUGCGGCUGAUGAUGAAAAUCAGAAACUUGGUGGUACCACUUUCCGUAACUCAGCGAAACUCUCUGAGCAAAAGGACUAUGAUAACACAUCCUGGGACCUGGACUGGGAUCCCAUGGAUCCUUAUGGUUCAUUCAUGGAUCAAAAGAUGCUCCUUUUAAUGCUAAAUAUUCUGUCGGCUUCCGUGACGACUGGCUUCGGGCACGGCGAGAUCGAGCUGGUGGUGCAGCACCGGGCCAACGAGCUGGCAGUGUGGCGGAAAGACCACCCGGCCGAUGUGGUGACCGCCGCCGUGGACCCAACCGAGAGCGCCAGCCUGCCCAGCACCCUGCGCAUCAGGCCGCACACUUGGGAGCUCGACAUGCCGGUGCAGUUCAGUGAUGCUACAGUUGCCUGAACUUUAGUGCUGCGUUUUCAAGAGCGGGUGGCUGCCCAGGAGAAACUCAAACAUCGACCCUGACACGGCGGGUGAAGACAAUGGAAGAAAGUAAAAAUGGAAAAUUAUAGAAGUAAAGAAUAAAUAAUCAUUGUACGCAGAAA